GACUGCACACUCACAACAGCAUGCACUCGAUAUCAAGAUGACAACAAAUCAAGUGUCAAACGAUGUGGCACCAAAGCAUAAGCAUACGGUCGGACAAGAUCCUGACAGGAUAGAAGAUAUUCUUUUGCAAAAUAGAAGGUUAGCAACUUCAUUCAUGCUGAAUAAAUGCGAAAAAGAAGCUGCUCGAAAUUGGGAUGUAUUCUAUAAAAAUCAUCAUGAUAAAUUCUUCAAGAACAAAAAUUGGACAGAAAGAGAAUUCAAGGAGCUAAAUGGGAAAGAGGUCGCUAGUACAGAAGGCUCGGCUUCUAAACCGGAAGAUGCUAGCGCUUCAUUAGACGAUCCGAUGAUCGGAGGCGAGAUGGUAAAGGGAAACAAUACUGUUCUUUUGGAGGUAGGAUGUGGUCCUGGCGCCAUGGUUUAUCCAGUCUUGGCUCGAAAUGAAACCACAAAAGCACAUUGCUGUGACUUUUCUCCUCGUGCUGUGGAUAUAUUAAAGUCCAAUCCGUUAUACAACGAGGAAAGGGUGAAUGCUUUCGUCUUUGAUCUUGUCAAAGAAGGCGAAACAUUAGCCAAUCGAAUAGAGACACAUCCUUUCGGCCAACCUACAGUCGUAUCGCUAAUAUUUGUCCUAUCUGCCAUUCCACCGAAAGAUCAUCGUGCCGUACUAGCAAACCUUGUGAAAUGUCUCCCUAUUGGCGGUACUCUUCUUUUCAGAGAUUUUGCACAUGGAGAUUUGGCCCAGCUCCGAUUCCAUCAAAAAGCUUCGGCAGCAUGGUGUGAGCCAGCUCUACUAAGCGAUUCACACGACUUUUAUCGACGAGGCGAUAAUACUUUCACAUACUUCUUUAAUGAAGAAGAGAUGAAGCAACAUGCUGAUGCUUUACAACUUCAAGGAGAAGUCGAGAUCAAGCAAAUACAUAAUCAAAAUAGACGGACAGGUGUGCAACUUCAUAGAAGAUUCAUCCAGGCUCGAUGGAAGAAGACUUGUUGAAAAGACUUGACUUGCUUGAACGUCCAUCGUCCAUCCAAAAAAUUGUGCUCUUUUGUACCUGUUCUUAUCCAGCCCAUACCCCGCAGACUCAUGCGCUCAUGUAUUUUUAAGAGAAAGUAUUUCAAUGCAUACAUAGAUACAG